AUGGCCACACUACGUCCAGUAUCCAUACGAGCAUCAGAAAUGACCAGCAGCUCGUCGCCAUCAGGCAAAUUUAGAGAUCAGCGCGCCUUGACACAGACAACACUACACAAACGCAGAACAAGCGCAUCAAGAUCAGGCGUCGUGUUCAAGUCGCGAACAUGGAAUGAAACGACAUCGAAGCACCAUACCACGUUCAAAACCAGAUCAACAUCCUCAAACAAGCGGACGACCUCAGAUCCUACGAGUUCAGUAACAUCAACAAAGCAACAAAGUCGCUUCGCGUCACUGUUCAUCUCGCUGUUGGCCGUCAGCCCCAUGGCUAUCGAAUACGAUGCGGCUGAUCAGCAAACCAUGGAGGCAGCGCAGAGAUCAUCUGUUAAGCCGACGCAACCAAUAUCAUCCAAGAAGACGCAAGUCCGGCUAUCAGGCAGUGUCAGGCCGUCAGAGAUCCGUAAAACUAGAUGGAAGCGGUUCAAAUACGAGAUGGGAUUGAAGAUGAAAAGUACUGGGAGAGGGAAAGCGAAGGAUCGACGGCAACGGGCACCAGUCGCAGAUAUGGAGUUGGAGGACUUGAGAACGUAG